ACUACCAUACUGACGAUCGAUAGCACACCGAUCACUCUUGGACUUGGUACGUAAGCAAUGGCGGCGGAAAUCCAACAGCAGGACGCAGCCGAAGGCAUUGUGAUCGCCGGCGCCGGACUGGCCGGCCUCGCCGUCGCUCUGGGACUCCACAGGAAGGGCGUCCGGAGCGUGGUGCUUGAGUCGUCGCCGGAGCGUCGCACGUCCGGCUUCGCCUUCUUCACCUGGACCAACGCCUUCCGCGCGCUUGACGCCCUUGGGGUCGGAGACAAGAUGAGGGGCCGACAUCUGCAGCUGCAGGGGUUGCGGGUCAUGUCUUCGUCUACGGGGGAAAUAGCGCGAGAAAUGGAUCUCCGGGUGAAAGGAAAACUGGGACCCCAUGAAGUCCGCUGCGUGCAGCGUAACGUGCUGCUCCAGGCGCUGGAGGAAGAGCUGCCGCCAGGCACCGUCCGCUACUCCUCCAAGAUCGUUUCCAUCGACGACAAGGACGGCGGCGGCGACGGUGCCAAGAUCCUCCAUCUCGCCGACGGCUCGACUCUCCGUGCAAAGGUGCUGAUCGGUUGCGACGGGAUCAACUCGGUGGUCGCGAAAUGGCUUGGGCUCGCGAAGCCGUCCGAGUCGGGGCGCACGGCCACGCGGGGGCACGCCAGGUACCCCGAAGGCCACGGCUUCGAGCCCAAGAUCCUGCAGUUCGUCGGCGAAGGCUUCCGCGCCGGCUUGGUGCCCUGGAGCGACACCGAUGUCUACUGGUUCUUCACCUGGAGUCCAGCUCCUUCCCAGGAUGCCAACGGCAAGGACGAUGGCGUCGUCGACCGGAGCGCCGCCGCGAUGAAGCAGUUCGUGCUGACCCAGAUGAGGGGCGCCAAGGUGAGCCCUGAGGUGCUGGAGGCCGUGGAGAGGAGCGAGAUGAGCGACGUGCUCGCCGCACCGCUGCGGUUCCGCUCCCCGCUCUCGCUCCUGUUCGCCAGCAUCAGCAAGGGGAACGUGUGCGUCGCCGGCGACGCGCUCCACCCGACGACGCCGGACCUGGCGCAGGGCGCGUGCACGGCGCUCGAGGACGGCGUCAUCCUCGCCCGGUGCCUCGGCGACGCCAUCGUAGGUGCCGGCUCCGGGGAGCAGAAGGAGAGGGCCAUGGCUGCCCUGCGCAGGUACGCUGGCAUCCGGCGGUGGAGAAGCGCACAGGUGAUCGCGGUGUCGUACGCGGUGGGGUUCGUGCAGGAGAGCGACCACUCCGUGGUGAGCUUCGUGCGGGACAAGCUGCUGUCCGGGGUGCUCGCCAAGACGCUGCUCAUGAUGCCGGACUACGAUUGCGGCAAGCUCUGAAGUAGUACUACAUAUGUAGGGAAAUACUCAUUGGUUCCUGGGACAUCUGUCCGCGGAAUCUCACCCCACAUCCGAGCCUGCCUAUUAGUAUUUUCCUGUGCCAUCGUUUCGUAUUGCAACGUUCUCUCCCGCGA